AUGACCAGAGCGACAAUCUUGCGCCUUUUUGAAACUAUGUUAGGCAUCGGCCAAGUCGAGCUCGAUACUGGAGGGGCAAUUGUUGGUGAUGGUUCACCAGCAAGUCAGGCGGGGCGCGGCAAUUGGCUGGAGAAUUCGGAUGAAGCAGAAAUGCAGCUAAAUCGAGACGAUGACAAAAAGAAACGAAUCAUGGUUGUCAAUGCGGAUGCACCUCCACGCUUUGGGCCUACUAGAUUCGAUUGCGUUACUGCACUGUAG